GCCUCGGUCAGUAGAUGGUUAGCGCGCGACGGGGGAGGGGCGUAGGAGCAGAGCUUCGGUCCGUCACAGCUGAGGGAGCGCAGAAAGUCCGCGAUAUUAAACCUGGACAGUAAUAAACCCCACGGCAUGGUGUUCUGAGUCGGCGUGUCGGCGGUCAUGGCGCUGGUCCAGUCUCUCCCCGUGUCCAUUGACCAUCCUGGACCAGGCCUGGACCCGCGCCUCCAUCCCGCCUCGCCUCCUCUGAUGGGAGCGAUGGGUGCCGUCAGCAGCGUGAUGCAGAGCCACGUCACUUAUCCCGACCGGGCAAACAUAGAGGUCAGCACCAACUUCCGUAAGGGCACGCCGGGCUCUGGACGCCUGCUGGCCGAAACCUCGCAGGGAAGCCGGACUCCGUCCAGCAAGAGGAGGGCCAUGGCCGGACGAGCCAAAGGCUUCGGGACUCGCUCGUAUUCACACGAGGACUUGAUAAGAGACUGGAACGACAAUCACUUGGAGCUGGCUUCCACUGGAGGAGACGGACCUCCCAAACUGGUUCCAGUGUCUGGACAAUUAGAAAGAAACGUUCAGCAGGCCAUAAUCAGACCCACUGCCUUCAAACCCGUGGUCCCUCGGAGCCGGAACGGGCUUCAGUACCUGUCCCCGCGGCUCGGAGCCGGCCUGUCGGGCAGCCAGGGAAACCUCAGCACGUUUUCUCCAGAAGACGAAGACGAGGUGUCCGUGACGACGGAGCGGCGCAGCUCUUACAGCGGAGCUCGAAACGCUUUGUUCAGUCAGUCCUUCACCCUGACGGACACGGCCCGGCACUCCCUGACCAACCUCCAGAGCGAGGCCGGAAAACACCACGGACACUCCAACUCCGACAGCGGCCGCUCCUCGUCCAGCAAGAGCUCGGGGUCCCUGAGCGGCCGGGGCCCGCUGCUGACCGACCCGCUGACCCCGCCGCCCGUCCAGGCCUACGAGACCAUCGUCAGAGACCUGGAGGACAAGCUGAGGGACAGAGACCUGGAGCUGCAGCGGCUCCGAGACAACCUGGACGAGAACGAAGCGGCCAUCUGUCAGGUGUACGAGGAGCGUCAGAAGCGCACCGAGCUGGAGAUAGAGGAGUUCAGGCAGACCUGCGCCGCUAAGAUGCAGAAGGCGUCUCACAAGGCUCAGCGCGAGCAGCAGCUCCUGCAGCUCCAGGUGUUUCAGCUGCAGCAGGAGAAGAAGAAGCAGCAGGAGGACAUGAACCAGCUCCUGCAGGAGCGUCAGAGGCUGGAGGAGCGCUGCGCCUCCUUCGAGAGAGAACACACUCAGCUCGGGCCCAGGCUGGAGGAGACCAAGUGGGAGGUGUGCCAGAAGUCUGGGGAGAUUUCUCUGCUGAAGCAGCAGCUGAAGGACCUGCAGGCCGAUCUGGCGCAGCGCGUCGGAGAGCUGGUGACGUUACGAGGACAGCUGCGAGAGGUUCGAGGCGAGCUGCAGACGAGUCAGAUUCAGCUGCAGGAGGCGCUCGCGGGCUCUCGCACGCGGACGCUGGAGCUGGAGGUCUGCGAGAACGAACUGCAGCGCCGCAAGAGCGAGAACGAGCUGCUCCGGGACAAAAUGAGCCGUCUGGAAGAAGAGUCGUCUCACCUGCGGCUGAGCGCCGGCGACGCCGACGAACUCCAAGCCUCCAAGGAGCAGGCGGAGCGGCUGAGGGCGGAGCUGGCGUACGAGCGCCAGAGCUCGUCCAAUCGGGCGGCGGCGUUCGAGAGCGAGAGGAAGAGCUGGGAGGAGGAGAAGGACAAAGUGAUUCGCUAUCAGAAACAGCUGCAGCAGAACUACGUGCAGAUGUACAAAAGAAACCGAGAUCUGGAGCGAUCGCUCCGACAGCUCAGCCUCGAGCUGGAGUCACGAGAACAGGACGACGACAGCAGCGGGAACGAAGUCACCUUCGACGACGUCGCCGCCACCGAGAUCUGAAACACGCCCUGCUUAAAGAUGGCGUUGGAGCUUUAAUCGCAUCCAAAAUUCACCUUUUUGUCCAUGCAUCAUGUGUGCGUGUACUGUGUAUAUAUAUAUAUAUAUAUAAAUAACACAUUUCUGUGAUAUAUAAAGAUAGUUAACAUAUAACGCUUUCUCUUAAAUGUCACUCUGGAGCACAAGGGUGGGUUUUUUGAUGAAUGAGCUGAACUAUACACAGUACACGCAUAUGUUCUUGUUUUGGAUGUGGUUUGACAGCAUCGUUGUGUUUUUGACACACGGCAGUGGAGUGAGGGAGAAAGUCAAGUUUCAAACCCCGUGUAAUGCACUGAACGCCGCAAACAAUACAGUCAUGUUACAGUGCGAGGGGAUCUACGUGAGUCACGUGACCCAGUAAUCUUCAUCAAAUCAGUCAUUUUGGGCACACCGUUCGCAAACUCACAGAAGUGCACUUUUGUGUCAUUAGCUACGUUUUCAUCCGGCGUCGCUAAUUAAUCUUGGAAUAUCGCAUAAAAAUUUUUGGUGCAAAUAAAUCGUUUGGGACACAAUCAUGCGAGUUCCACCAAAUCACUCAGACUUCAGCUCAUGUGGGUGUUUGGUGCCAUGCAAAAAAAAAACCAUUCAAUUAAUGUUGUGGAAAUAAAGUCAUAGCACUGUAAGAUUUAAGCCAAAAUACUUUGAGAAUAAAGACAAAAAAACCCUGAACUAAUAGCAAUACAAGAAAGAAGGAGCGGAAGUACAAGAUUACAUAUUUUGCGAGUCAAAAAUUAUGAGAAAAGUUGAGAAUAAAGACAUAAAAGUAAGAGGUUAAAUAUUUUGAGAAUAAAGUCUGUAGCAUUGCUAGUUAUUUUUGAAAUAAAUUACCUGGAAAAAAAGUCACAGUAUCUGAACAAUUAGAGUGUUGUAAUAUUUUGAAAAUACGGUAAAAAUUUCUAGAGAAAAAAAAAACCUAGCGAGAAACAACACCGGCAACUUCUUCUAUGCAAGAAAUGUAUAUUUGAGUAAAAUGCCAUUCUAGACUUAAUACUUGAGACGAGGUGUGACGAGUCAAAGUCAGGUUUUUCUUGCACGUUCAAGACCGGAUGGUUUCAGGCGUAGUUUAAUGAGAACGUGUUUUCAUGCACACUUCAGGGUUCACGUGCACUUCAGCGUUUUUAUGCGAUAUCCCAAAACGAGCAGCACUGAGAUAAGAGCCCUGGACUCCAGGAGCACGGUUCUGUUCUUCAGUAGACGAAUGCAUUUAAUGCGAGUAUUUAAUGAACAACAAAGCUACACAUGCAUCCAUAUUGCUGUUAAAUAAUAAUCUAUAAAUGAGCAGCAAGUGAUUCUGAACACAGCACUAUUAAAAACUCUCAAGUGGGGAAUAUUAACUCUUCUUUCAUAAAAGCUAUUGACUGUUAUAUUUGUACCAAAAGAAACCCAUUACGGCAUAAUCCUGAAUAAUAUGCGUUCAUAUAGAAGCCACUGUGAAUAGACCAAAGCGUUGCUUGUAUCUCGUGGGUGAUUGUGGCGGUGUUGUCAUUUUUUUAAUUAACAGUAUUUGUAUGAAGCCAAUACAUUGUAUAUUUUUCGUGCUGUAUAUUUAAUGUUUGUAAUUAAACACCUGCAAUGAUUCACA